AUGGCCGACAGCUCGACUGAGAAUCGUGCUCCGCCUCAAGGUGGUAUCCUUGAGGGCGGCGACCCGUCCCAGUAUGACAGCAAAAACCCAAUCGUCAUCUUUAUAAUCCAGGCCUUCAUAAUCAUAGUUCUCUGUCGCAUGCUCCAUUGGCCGCUGUCCAAGAUUCGCCAACCUCGCGUUAUCGCAGAAGUCAUAGCCGGUAUUAUACUUGGUCCUUCAGUAAUGGGCCGUGUUCCCAAUUUCACAGAUUCCAUUUUCCCGCCAGAAUCAAUUCCAAGUCUAAACCUGUUCGCAAAUGUUGGGUUGGUCUUGUUUCUCUUUCUCGUUGGUCUCGAGACCAACCUGCGCUUCCUUGUCAGUAACUGGCGGGUGGCUAGCAGUGUUUCAGCUGCGGGAAUGAUCCUGCCUUUUGGACUGGGAGCUGGUGUCUCUUAUGGUUUGUAUCACGAGUUUCAUGACGAAGAAGGUCUAAAGCCAAUUGAUUUUGGCACUUAUUUACUCUUCAUUGGUAUUGCCAUGGCCAUUACCGCAUUUCCGGUCUUGUGUCGUAUCCUUACCGAGUUGAAACUGCUCGGGACAAAUGUUGGUGUCAUCGUGCUGUCCGCCGGCGUUGGCAAUGAUGUCGUUGGCUGGAUUUUGCUCGCACUCUGCGUCGCCCUUGUCAAUGCAGGAAGUGGUCUCACAGCGCUGUGGGUGUUUCUCGUCUGCGUUGGCUACGUCACAUUUCUGGUCGUGAUUUUCCGCCCAUUGUUCCUACGCUUCCUCAACUAUACUGGAAGCUUGCAGAAAGGUCCCAGCCAGUCAGUGGUCACGAUUACCAUUCUAAUCGCCUUGGCGUCGUCCUUCUUCACCCAGGUAAUAGGAGUACAUGCCAUUUUUGGUGGUUUCCUUAUCGGCUUGCUCUGCCCUCACGAAGGAGGCUUCGCUAUUAAGUUGACGGAGAAGAUCGAAGACCUGGUAACGGCGCUUUUCCUGCCAUUGUACUUUACGCUUUCCGGCCUGCAAACAGACUUGGGGCUGCUGGACACGGGAAUCGUAUGGGGCUAUGUUGUUGCCGUUAUUUCAAUCGCGUUCCUUGCUAAGGUUGCCGGAGGGGCGCUUGCGUCAAGAGCUUGCGGCCUUCUCUGGCGGGAGAGCUUCGCGAUUGGGACGUUGAUGAGUUGCAAAGGCUUAGUAGAACUUAUUGUCCUGAAUAUUGGGCUACAAGCAGAAAUCUUGAGUCAUCGAACCUUCACCAUAUUUGUGGUUAUGGCACUCGUGACGACAUUUGCGACUACUCCAUUGACCACAUAUAUAUACCCCAAAUGGUACCAGGACAAAGUCGAUCGGUGGCGCCGCGGCGAAAUCGACUGGGAUGGAACCCCAAUCCAACCAAGCGAUAAUAACAGCAUUGCCGCCGCCACCAAAGAGCAACUUCAGUCUCGCCAAGUUCGGAGGCUUUUGGCCUAUCUGCGUCUCGACGGACUUUCUAGUAUUUGCACACUUGCAGCACUCCUCAGUCCAAACCGACCUCCAACUCCAAAGGUCCAUCCUGAGAAAGCCCAGAGUACAAAAGCGCCGGAAGCUGCAGCUGAGGAGUCUGGAGCUGACAUUCAGCCUGAUUCAUCACUCCAAGUGCAUGGAAUACGUUUAAUGGAGCUAACAGAUCGAGACUCUAGUGUGAUGAAAGUGUCCGAGGUCGACGAACAUUCCUUGUGGGAUCCGGUUAUUAAUACCUUCCGCGCAUUCGGCCAAUGGCACGACAUCUCAAUUAUGGCUGGUGUGUCGGUGGUGCCCGAGCACUCAUACGCAGAUACUGUGCUUGGAAUGGCGCGCGAGGGCACCACUGAUCUCCUUCUCAUCCCCUGGAGCGAGACCGGUGCUUUAAGUGAGCACCAAGGCGGGUUAGACGUGGAUGAGAGAAAUCGGUUUGCCAACGGGCCCUAUACUGCUUUCGUGUCUAGCAUACUAAACGAAAGUUCCUGCAACGUUGGCGUUCUCGUCGAGCGCAGCAUGUACACUCGCAAUGCCAAAGCCCGCCCCGAUUUGCAAAGAACCCUAAGCGCUAGAAGCGUUGGAAGUGCAAUGUGGGUUAGCCCUGCAGCUACCCGCUCUCAUCACAUUGUCCUGCCUUUUUUCGGAGGGUACGACGACCGAUAUGCGCUUCAGUUUGUCCUUCAGCUAGCGCAAAAUGACCAGGUAACAGCUACAAUCAUCCAUAUAGAACUCCCUGUCCCGACCAAUCAGACAAGCAAAGUUAUUGCCCAGCCUAAACAGCACGAAUCUCGCUCGGAUACUCAAUUCGAUAGCUUCAACCCAGAGUCAGACCUUGUCUUCUUUGCAACCCUCCGCGAUUCCCUACCAGAUGCAUUAUCCUCACGUGUGGUUUUCAAGAGUGUCAACCCGAAGGACAAGGCUGCCGCUGUCCAGAUUGCAAUCGACGCCGUUAAAGACGAAAUGGCCCAGUCGGCCUCGAAACCGGGGAACGUCACCGUAGUCGGACGACGCAACAACUACGUGGAUCAGACACUAGACAUCGAUCCAGCGUCAUCUGAUGAAGUUAGUCCUGAGGCACGUUGGGUACUAGGAGCAGUUGCUGAGGCAAUGGUGCGCACCGAAAACAGAACUGUCGGCAACGUACUCGUUCUACACGCCGCUUCCAGACAUAACUAG